CUUUUGACACUUCAAACUACAGUCUUGUUCGUACAGAAACAGACAAAUCACAAUCAACAUGUCACUCAGCUCAGAUGACGAGGACGAUAUCCUCUCAGACGCUCAAUCGGCCAGUUCGUCCGGAGAAGACGAAGAUUCUCCCCCACGACAAUUGUCGCAGAAUCUGUUUGCGCCUCCAUUUUAUGGGCGACCUCCAACGCCUUUGCCCCCUUCGCCCUCACUCACAUCUCUUCUACGCCCUUCACGGCCAACAACACCAGACGCAUCUGAUGACGAUGCAAUCGCGCCUGUACCUAGAGCCGCGCCAAAGGUGCCGACGUACGAAUACUACGGCUUUGUGCUGUAUCUCUUCAGCAGUCUGACAUUCCUCAUUUACCUCCUAUGGGGCUAUCUCCCUUCGCCAUUUCUGCACGCCCUGGGGAUAUACUACUAUCCCAACCGAUGGUGGGCGCUCGCCAUACCGGCUUUUAUCGUCAUGACAGUGGUGUACAUCUACGUAGCUCUCGCUGCGUUCAACACAGAGAUGUUGACGGUGCCACUAUCGAGUGUUGAGACUGUCGUUGAUGGGGCGGGAAAGUUGGCGGAGAUCGAUGCGAAGGGAAGAUUGAGGGGGAGUCGUAAUAGGGAGAGAAAGGUGCAUGGAGAUGGGAGAUUGAGAUGGAGGGAGAUUUGGAGUGAGGGAACGGAUGCGGUGAUGGAUAUUCCGCUGGCAGGUGUUUGUGAGGUUUUGUAUGGAGAGGGAAGAGAGGACGGUGAGGAUAUGUAUGUAGAUGAUGAGAUCUGACAGUGUUUGUUUAUUCGCAACAUGCUUAGAAUAACAACCUCCAUAUUCUGGUUGUAAAUGUCUUGAACGUCCAACUACUAUUCUCAUCAUAUCCCAGAUCAAAUAAUAGUAUGACGGCAAAAAUGAAGACCAAAAGUGGUAACGAC